CAGCCUGUUUGGCGGCUCCGCGCUCUCGGGGAGGUGCUGAAAAAAAAAAACCCCUUGUUUACUAAUUAGGAGAAGCGUACAUAACCACGCAGCGCCGUAGUCCGUCCUCUUCGUUCUUUCACCAACAUGCUCCAGUCGUCGAUCACGGCAUGGCUCAAGAAGCCUGCAUCUGUUAUCACAGCCGAUACUUCGCUUUCUAAAUCCCAGCACAUCACUACAUCCUUACCGAAGAUUAAAGCUACCCAAGACGAGUCUGUUCUCAGUGACGAAGAAGCUUCAAUACCUGUACCUCAAGCGCAGCCUUCGCCCGUCCCGACAUCGUUCUCACUCCCUCCACUCCCUCCCAACGUGGUCCUAGUCCCGCUGACCGAAGAUCUCAUUCCUGCCUUCAAACGCCUCAACUCCCUAACACUCCCAGUUGCCUAUCCCACCCAAUUCUAUACUGAAACCAUGGCCGAGCCGAAUCAUAGCGUAACCCUAAUGGCACUUUGGCAUCCCAAACCACCCACCGAUCCCCCCUCUGACGAUACUGAGAAACCACAUUUGAUAGGCGCUCUCUCCUGUCGGCUGCUACCGUCUUCAACCCUGUACAUUUCCACACUCUGUCUGCUCUCGCCCUACCGCUCCCAUGGGAUAGCAACGCAUUUGCUGCAGAGAAUUGUAGCGAAGGCUUCUCAAGAGCAUGGUGUGAAGUACGUGACUGCGCAUGUCUGGGAGGCGAACGAUGACGGUCUAGAAUGGUACAAGAAAAGAGGAUUUGAGACUCUUGGAAAAGAGGAAGGCUACUACAGGAAGCUUAAGCCUGGUGGAGCGGUAUUGGUGAGGAAGUGGAUUGGGGUUGGACAUUUCCUUGGCGAUACUCAAGCUUCCAGUACAACCAAGGGAUGAAGACGGUAGAGAAUAUUCUCCGUUAAGCUCUGUAGUAGAGACGAGAAUGCUUUGCCUAGCAUUGGGCUUUGCUCUACGAACCCCAUCGAGCGCUAAAUCUAGAUCUCAAACAAGGACCCCGUGGCGCUGGAAAUGUUGUACGAACACAGUACAGGUUUCCGAAAGCGCCCUUGGUCUACGAUUGACAGCAUACAGCAGGCUAGCAGUCUGAGGCUUCAAUAAGACCAUGUGGGGGUGAAUACUCGCAAUUCCGACAGGAAGACAAAUCGAGGAGCCCUGCAAUACCUUCAGUCCUUGUUUUCUAAAACCUCCCCUAUAAUCUCAUGAUCCUCGUACUCGCUUUUACCAGGAACAGUGUCUUUUGCACGCACUCACUUUAUUUCGUCGGAUUCAUUCUUCCGUCAAUAACCACCAUGGCUCAAUGGCACUCUUACCUUAGCGAGAUCUGAA